AUGGAAUCUGUUCAAGUCCUAUGCUGUCUUUGCGGACUUCCAAUGACAUACAGCCAAGCCAAAAUGUGUAUGAACUGCUUAUCUCUCCGGGCAACUAUCACAGACACAAUAGACAAAGAGCAAACCCUGGAAAUUUGCCGAUAUUGUGAUCGAUAUAAUCGUCCUCCUUGGCUAUCAGCGAAACUUGAAAGUCCUGAGCUUUUACAAAUUUGUUUAUCACGUAUAAAAGGAUUAUCUAAAGCAAAGCUCAUUGAUGCUGCUUUUGUGUGGACUGAAGAGCACUCAAGAAGAAUUAAAGUAAGGAUUACAAUACAAAAAGAGGUAGAAAAUACAAUGCUAGAGCAGCAAUGUAUAGUAAAUUUUGUAGUUAAUGAUACACAAUGUGAAGACUGCCAGAGAUCGUUUACUCCACAUCAGUGGAUGGCAAAGGUGCAGCUGAGACAAAAAGUGAGUCAUAAAAGGACAAUUUACUAUCUUGAACAAAUCAUAUUAAAAAAUCACUAUCAAAAAGACUGCUUAGGGGUAAAACCUAACUCCCACCUCCGUAAGUAUACAAAAUAAUUGGAAAAUCCCCUAUUUUUUUUGGCAAAAUCCACCCUCCGUGAGUAAGUAAUAAAUCUUUUUAAUAUAAAUUUUUUUUUAUGAAAACGUUUUUUGAUAUAUUAUAAUGAAAUUUCAAGCAAACUCUAUUCAAUUUAAGCAGCUUGCAUUUAAAAAAAAUAAAUUUUUACAAAUUAAAUUAAUAUUUGCUUUAAAAAUAUUUCGAAUUGGGAUUAUUUUGAAAAAAAUUUACUAUUAAAAUUCAAAAAUAAAUUAACCCCUCAAUGAUGAACAAAUUUUUUUUCGCUCAUGGAGUAGGAAGUAAGAAAAAUGGCAUAGAUUUUCAUUUUGGAACUAAAGCACACGCUCAAAAAUUUAUCGAUUAUAUCCACUCAGCAGUCCCUCUCCAAGUAAAGAUGUCUAAAGAAUUGAUUUCUUCUGACCCAAAAUCAAACACAUAUAACUACAAAUUUACAUUUUUAGCUGAAAUUAUCCCUAUUUGUAGGGACGAUUUAUUAGUCCUGCCUAAGUCACAAAGAAUUCCUGGCCUUGGCCGUGUUGUCAUGUGCUAUAAGCUUGCAAGCUUAAUUCGUGUAUUAGACAUAAGGAACUUCAGGACUGGAGAAAUAAAAUCAGAUAGGUACUGGAAGCAGCCUUUCCACGUCUAUGCAGGCAGAGAAUGGCUUGAAGAAUUCAUUGUUUUGGAUAUUGACGAGCGCUCAGAAAUGCAUGAAGACGAGCCUAACCGAUUAAAAACUGUUGAGGUAGAAGUAGCAAGAUCUAAUGAUGCCAGAUUUGGGGAGACUACUUAUAGAGUAAAAACACAUCUGGGGAAUAUUUUAAGGGCUGGUGAUAUAGAGGUUUCCUCUAUAUAGCGCUGAAAGCGCAGACAUUUUCCCAGGAGCUUUCCAAGUUCGUCGGACUAAAUCGCUUUUUGGUCCGACCAAGGCAUUGAUUUGGUGCAACCAACCGAUAAAUUCCGAUCAGAAUUUAUCGGCCUUACAGCGCCAAACAUAGGAAACUUCUAUACAGUACUUGGGUAUAAUCUAGAAAACAUGGUAGGCCAUGGGCUUGAGACUGAAAGUUUUGAUGAUUGUCCACAAGUGGUUUUAGUCAAAAAAAUCAUAUCAAAAGAAGAAAAACAGAAACCAAAAAUAAAAAUAGAGAGGAUAGCUGAAGUCGAAGAAGAGCCUGAUUUUGGAGAAUUUUUAGAAGAGGUUGAAAACGAUCCUGAGCUCCAAAGUCAAAUUUUAGGUGAGCCUUCUACACAACCGACAGAAAUUCAGUUAAAAUAAUAUAUAAUUCUCCAAAGGGUUUGCAUCAAAUUAAAAUUUUGGUGCCCUUAAAAUGAAAUUUUUAAUUUAAAAUA